AUGGCCAAUGAGCAAAAUAAAAGGGUGUCGGUUCCAUCUCGGACAAGCUUGGUACCGAAAAAUACAGUUUUAGGUCUAGCUAAAGUAUAUAGUACUAAAGAUGAAAAGGGGAACUUUUUAAAAACAUUUUUUGGUCUACCGUUUUUGUCACCAAACGAAGUGGAUGACUGCUUUACAGAUGACUUAAUGUCUACGAUGCCGGCUGACUGUACUGCUAUAAACGAUUUUGUAGAUUAUGUUUUUUUGAACUAUAUAAAUAAUGAUUCCGCAAUGUUUCCUCCAGAAAUAUGGGCAGAAUUUUCUUCUUCUAUUUCACGAACCACAAACGCAUGUGAAAGUUUUCAUGCUAAACUUAAUGGUAUGUUUUAUCGUAGUCACCCUAAUAUAUACCAAUUGAUCGAGGCCUUAAAUGAAGUACAGACUAGUAGUUAUACUAAAAUGAAUUGUACUGCUGUACGAAAUUUAAAACGAGCAAAACAAUUUUUGCCACAAAAUUUAAAACUUUAA